CAAUACAAGAAAAACUGACGAUGGUUGCGUCGCGUAACAUGCUGUGAAAUAUUUUUGCUUACGGUUUUAUUAAUUUUUUGAAUUAACGAUACAUUAUCAUUGGUUGUUAAUUAUCGACAGUAACCGUUGUAUAUUUGUAGUAUUUCGAGUUAUACAGACAUUGUUAUGUGAGAUUGCACGUGUAUUUUUACUGUAGAGUUCAUAACAUCAACCUACUUUGUUCCUGAAACCUGCGAGUGCUGUGGUUUUUAAAAGAUACCGCACGAGCUUUCAACGCCUACCUCCAGCCUUAGCCUGUAUACAUCACUGCCAAUUAUUCCGCCCUACUACUUGCUUAAUGUCGCAAUGCUAGACAAGAUACACUCUAGAUUUAAGGACGCUCAAACCUUCAGAAAAGACAAACAUUGUUGGCGUACGUGACAUCAUCUGAACUUCGAGGACGAUAUGAGUCAGUCCGCAGAUGAGGCCCGAACGGCCAGGAUACAAAAAUACAAAGAAGAACGAAGGAAACAACUGACAGCAAGGACAGCGACUCUAUUUUCCGCAAAUGUGACUGAGAGGCGUCCAAAAAAAGCAGCUAGCCGGUCUCCAUUAGAAGAUACAGUAACUAAUCUUAAGUCUUCUUCUGAAUUAAAUCUCAACACAGCCUCUACUUCAGUUCCUAUUAGAACUACACGAACGUCACGUCUCAGAGCCGCCGCUACUAACUCUGACUCUUACCAGUCGCCAAAAAAAUCAAUUAGAAGCUCUUCAGUUCUAUCUCUAUUAGAAGAAGAAAAAAAUAAAUCGCCCAAAAAUGCCAAACUAUUAGAUAGAGAUAAAACACGAACAAAUUCUAAUAGAAGACAAAGCCAUGAAAAAGAAAAUUUGAAAAACUCGUCAACCACGAGCUUUUCGGAAAAAGAAAAUGGUGCUACUAGAUCGAAAUUAAAACAUUCCAUUAAUAAAAAUAUUUUAGAAAAAGACAAAAGUAAUUGUUUAGUGAGUAGUCCUAAAGGAAAAAUUGUUGACGAUAAAAACUGUUUAAAAUUAGACGAAAGGAAAAAUAGAAUAUCUUUGACUGAUGAAUCUAAAAUAGGUUGUAUAAAUGACGAAGAUAAGAGCGUUAACGUCGAUGAUAUAUUGAAUGAUAUCCUUGGCGAUAAGAACCAAUCAAUGAAUUCGGAAAAGGAUAAGUUUGAAGAUUUGUUUAAUGACCUGGUAGAUGAAAAUAAGAAAAAUGAAUGUCAGGUUAAUGAUGUUUUUGUAAAAGACGAAACUCCGCCGCAGAACAACGUGCUCAAAACUAGUUGCAGUAAUUCAUACAUUCCCAUAAAGGAAACAAUAGCUAUUAAUAAAACUGACGAUAAGGUGAAAGUGGAUAAAGGUGUUGUGCCAAAAGUAGUGGAGUCUGAAGUUGGGUUACUAGGUGCUGUGUGUGUUCGAAGAGUAGAAAGAUUCAGUGAAUUGCUCAGUAAUCUUUGUUCACCGUGCGAAGCUGAUGUAUUGUUUGAGGAUAUUCUCGUUGAAAAUGGGAUAGACGGUGAAAAUAAUUCGCGUGCGAAGGCACCAGAAUGCACACCGCCAUGUCGCCGCGCGCAACCUCGAAUAACAAGCACGCCGAAACGUUCUAUCGAUGCGCGUGCGCCGCCAACGAUCGAGUCAGACGGAACUACUACAAAGACAAAAAACCGUCGGUCUCUAGAAGCAACACAUCUCAAGAACGAAGUUUCACAACAGUCUUCCAAAGUAUCACCUAAAACCAAUAAUUUACAAUUUGGUUUCAAAUCAAUUUCUAACAAAAAUUCUGCAAUAAAAACCACUGAUAAACGACGUAGUGUUGAAAGUGGUAUCAAGCCUAGUUGUAUACCUUUGUCCAAAAAAAAUCUCGAAAAAUCAGGUAAUAAUAAUUCAACGUCACCCCUUAAGCAAGAAUCGAUAAAAGAAACGACAACGAAAGUGGAUAAUACAAAAACUAAGUUGGAUCAAUCUAGAGGAAAGUCUUUACUUAGAAGUCCUGAAAAAACUAAGAGUGAUCCAGAAAACGGUCGUAAAGACAAAGUUCAUCGAGCUCAAAAAGGUAGUGAAAGUCUUAAAGAAAAAUAUCAUAAUUCAAAGAAAAGACUGACUAGUUUAGAUAAUUCUCUAAAAAGUGGGAAUAAUACUACAAAUAUAUCUAGUAAAAUUAUAUUGAAUGAUAAUUUGAGCACGAAUUCAUCCGUGAUUCCUAAUGUUGGUGAGUUAGGAAAUUUAAAAAAUAGUGCAAACAUGUCCACACUCCAUGAUACUGUUAGACCACAUGCAAGCAGACUUUCUCAGGAAAUGGAUAGUUUAGCUGCUUUGACGAAACAAACUUUAGAUAGGGUUAACAAAUUAUCGAAUAACUUAACUAGUAAUAAGUUACAUGUGACUGUACCAGAUUCUCCUCGUUAUGACACUUUAUUUGCAUCGACAUCGGAACAAAAAAAUAAUAGUCAUACAUACAACUACGGAUUGGUUAACGAACGUUCUGUUGUAAACAGAGGCGUCUCUGAAAGAUUAAAAGAUAUAGACACGGCAGCACAGAGACUGAUCGAUUUUGAAAAACAAAGUGCAAUGUUUUCUGAUCUCAAUAAUGAUUCUUCUAGUCAAAAUCGUCGUCUUGAUAACUCUUCGACGUCUCAUCAUACGCCUGUGUCUAUAUUAAAAAGAAAAUCAAUUAAUGAAGAAAAUAAUAUUACAAAUCCCCCAAAUAAUUCUAUUACUUCUCCUCCUGUUACUUUCUCUCCAAGCGUUAUUGAAUCUCGCAGUAAAUGCCGUUCUGAAAACCGACAACGUCAAGGUAUAUUAAAAAAACGCCGCAGCUUGGAUGAAUCACAAGUCGCUAGGCGAAGGUCUUGCAGUCCAGAAGUAUCUUUUGCUGAUGAUGGUUCAUCUGAUACAUGUAAACCAAUAUUAAAGAAUAGAAGAUCAUCAUUAGAAGACGUUGUAAGGAAUCGGUCGCCAGAUGGUCAAAUACAAGGCAUCUUAAAAAGAAAAAUGAGUCGAGAAGAAGAUCAUUUAAAUGACGAUGUUUCACACGGUUCUCCGGAACCACAUGGUAUUCUAAAACGAAAAUCAAAUUCAAGUUCCAGUAGCAGUACUACAUCAUCUCAUGUAUCUAUAGCACAAGCUGUGCUGCUAGCGGCUGCAGGUGGUGCUGAGUUAGUUGAAGAAGAUAAAGAAGCAGUACGACCUAUUCUAAAGAAAAAAAGUUUUUCUGAAGAAAGACCUUCUCCCGACUUACUGUCCUCAGACACACCAAAACCGAUAUUAAAGAAAAAAUUGACAGAACACGACGAUUACGAUUAUGAAUUUCCUAAAAAACCAAUUCUAAAAUCAUCGAAAAAAUUGUCCAGCGAUGAGGGACAUACAUCUAGUUUCGACAUGAGCGAAGACGACAGAAGUUCACGAAGACCAUCACUACUUAGAUCACGAACUUCAGAUCAUUCUGGCUCAGAAUGUGAGGCGCUAGUUAAGCCAAUUUUAAAGCAGAGAGGCUCGAGUCUAACUAGGGAACGCAGCCAAUCGCCACGCCCACGGCUUUCAUUUUGUGCAGACAACGAUGCGAAUAUUAGUGCGACGAAUUUUAGUAGCGAUGCGAACGACUUGUUGGCGGCUGGUCCGCGACGAGUCUUGAGUCUCGACCCGGAAGAAAAUUAUCCGAGUGCAGUGAUCCGACGGAGAAAUUUACGACCCAAAGCAAACCCUCGGUCAAUGAGUUUGGUGUGUGACGUGAACGACGAACUACUCUCGAUUUUAAAUAAUCGCCGAUUGAAAGUAGACGAAACUUGUGAGAACGGACUUUGUGACACUUGGGAACGGGAUAAACUUACAGACGAUAACAAUUCAAAAACUUUUCCAUCGAUUGCGUCUCGAAUUAAGAGUAUGGAACAAGCUCUUACUAAAGAUAAUUUCUUAAAAGAUCAACCUUCAACAUCCAAAGUGAAAAAUCGUGAUAAAGAGCGCCAUAAAACUCAACCUGUCACCAUCGACGAAAUGAGAUCGAUAGCAACAAGUUUGGAGCCGGGCCAAGCGAAUUUCCAAGCGUUCGGUAUAGCGGGCUGUAGUUUUCCGACCCGUUCCGUCGAGUCCGGUGCUGUUCUCUCGGCCAAGGGCCCCUGUCUGGGGGAGCCCGAACGAGAUCCUUUUGCAGACCUCGAGUCACCACAACUGGAUUCCAACUUGUUCUAUGCAAAUUUACCGAUAGAAAACGGCGUCUUAAAAAAUGUUGUCGCUAAGAAAGACAGCUUUGGUGAGGCUACGUUUCUAGAUUUUGAAAAGAUCUGCGCCGAUAGCGAAGCAAAACAAUCUACUCUAGAUGAAAUCGAACAAGAAGUAAACAAGGUUCGCGUCGCUCUGGACGAGGACUGUCGUGCUUUAGACGAAGACGAAUGUAACCAAGCCGAAGCAGAUAAUUGGAGCCUGAACGUGUCUUGUGAUAGCGGAGUUUACAAUCGCGCCUCGUCCCGCGACUCCGGGCCGCAUUCUGGCGAGGAGUUGGGUUUGAUAGAGUGUCAAGAAAUACAUGAAAACCAAACUACAAACAGCAGUAACGAUUGGUCAUCAACGUCUAUAGAACAAGGUCUGCUCAACAUGGACCGUCACAGGAAGUCAACGGAGAACGAGGCUCUUCGAAGCCCGGAGGAAAAUCAGAGUGACGAUGAGACCAACGAUCACUCCGGGUUCGCUCUCGGUUUGGUGAAAAGCAACAGUGUUGUUGCUAGAGCCAGUAUGUGGCAACAGUUACAACAGCAAGCUAAAGGAACACCAAAACCGCUAAUUCGUCACAGUCGCUCAAAGUUAAAGGAGGGGCCUUCGGUGACGGAGCGGUUCAAAACACAAGCUAUCCCGACACAGUCUCCAGAGGCUACCAGCCCCCCAAAUGAGGGGUUCUCUCUAGCGCAAUCCAAAAGCACUGCAAACGUGCUAGACAGAGACGAAGAUGCUAAGUUAGACGAGGACGAUCCAGCCAAGAUGUCGCUCGCGGAGAAGAUGAAGAUGUUCAACGCGAAGCUAACGCACAAACCACCCGUCGCUGGACUGCCACGACCCAAAGACGACAGGGUGCCCAGAGCGUCCAGGCUUAGGACGAUGCCGGUUCUCGCUAGCCAAGUCCAGGAGGCGAUGGAGCAAAACGAGAGACUGACCAAGUCUUUGACCCACGAAGACGUACCUCGUAAUUCAGAUUUUCAACUCAAAAUGGAAUUAUUCCGAUCGGCGAGUGCGAGAAACACGUCCUUAGAAUAUCUCAUGAGGCAGAACGCGAAAUUCAGAAGCUUAGAUCUCGAUGAUGACUCGCCUACCGAAAGAGCUCAAAGGAUGAUAACGCCUGAGGUAAGAGGCAUACUGAAGUCGGGGUCGACUGUUGUCCCUUCGAAGCCCAAGACGUUGACGAAAGGAGAAAGUUCUGAGGGCUUAAAGGAUGAGGGCAUUGACAGUUCAUCAGAAGAUGAAUCUGCAUCUGCGUCCAGCGUCUCAUCAUCAGAGAAAAGCUGUUCCUCCUCAGAUAGUUCAGAAGACAUACCAGACCCAAAGCCUCGAAGAUUCCAGCGUAAGAACAACAAGCUGAAAUCGUCCAGAACCGACUCUGAUCUUACUAGAGUGCUACAAGAUCCAUACCCUCGCAAGAUCCAGCUACCAGGAGCUAAUGAAUUAAAAGAGCGUAUCAACCAAGCUAAAAAUCCAGAUGUUAAAAUACCAAUGUUAGGGAAACUUGGUAGGAAACCAUCAGAGGAACCGAAGAGUGAAGAAGAUAAGGCUAGAUACAGAAGAUUCGCUAAGAAAAUCGAUGAACCUUUGCAACUCGGGAAGUUACGACGGCCAAUGGAAAAAGUCUCGUCUAUGGAGGAAAAACCGCCGAUUCUGAAGAUAUCCGCAUUGAACCAAGCGGCGAAGAACAAGUUCUUCGGUUUGGAAGGAGACAAGAAGGAGAAGAGUAUUGAUGAAUUAACUGCAGCUGUUCGGAAGUAUAUACCAACGAUGUGCAAGUCGGUGUCGAGCCACGCGAUGGAGGCGGGCGGGGGCGCGGGCGGGGGCGCGGGCGCGUCGGGCAGCGACGGCGAGUCCAGCGGCGGCCGCGAGGUGCGCCGCAUCAACGCGCGGCGCCACCGGUUCGCUGGUGGCGUCCAGCGGAGCGCCACACACUCCGAUAUGCCGAAUCGAGGUGGCACUAUCGCUGAGCGAUUGGCGGCUCUUCAAGCGGCGGGCGCGAACGAUUGGCGAGCGAGAGUGUGUCGACUUAGUCCUGAGCGUGAAGACAGCAAGGCAAUAGAACGGGCGAAGAACAGAAUUAACGAAACAUUAAACGCAGCCGUCGAUGACAAGAAAAAGGUGCACAUCGAAGAAACUGAAUUAGGAUCAAAUAUUUUAGCAGAUAGACGGAAUAAAUUAGAAACUGCAGCACAGGGAUGGCGAAAACGUGUCCCGCAAACGGACGCUUCCCUGUUCACCGUCGCGGGACGAUUGGAACGCGACAAAGUCAUUGCCACACCUCCUCUAACUCCGCCACCACUUACCACUCCGCCUGCGUCAUCGCCAGUGGUCACGCCUGCUGUUCCAGCACCAAAUAGAUUUAGAUCAAGAAAAGCUCCUACAUCUCCUACAAAUGGCUUCGCAUCUGGGCCUCUCAGGUCAGCAUCUUGCGCUGUUAUGAGCGCUGUUGUUGACAACAAACCAAAAGAAACUCCGAAGAUAGAUCGUGAAUCGUUCAAACGAAGUCACUCCGUUAGCGAGAGCAUUAGUCGAGUUGAUGAGAAAGAGGAAAUAUCUUCUGGAGCGGAGAAGACUGGGUGUCCCGUCCGAGUUCCGCGGGCGGACGACGAGACAUUCACGGCCUUUUUCACGCCUGCCCUACAGCAGGAGAAGUCGCAGCCGACUGACGUUGAAGUCGAUCUCGACGCUAUCGACAGCGGCUCCAGACAACUCCUAGCGAGCGAGUGGGCCCGGCGCGCCAAGCGCGAGCGUCGCCACGCGUCGUCGCGCAACCCGCUGCGGGCGCUGGCGGCGCGCACCGACCUGCGCCAGGAGUACCUCGCGCAGCCGCUCACCGCCAGGGACCAGCUGCUCAAGGAGAAGAUAACGGCAAACUGCGGGCUCGCCGCGGAAGCGCUGGCAGCGCUGGCGAGUAAGGAGGACUUCUCCAACGUCGCGCUGCGCAGCGCCGCAGCGUCGCAGACGCUCAGCCCCGGCACGCGGGCCCUCAUGCUGUUACACGUCAAGGGUCGGCGACGAGUGCAGACACGACUCGUGGAGCCCGUCCAUAUGAACGUGAACCGCGGCGAUUGUUUCCUAUUGGUCACUCCGGAUCAAUUGUUCCUGUAUAUUGGACUCUAUGCCAAUGUCAUUGAAAGAAACCGAAGCACAGACAUCGCACAACAUAUACAAAACACAAAGGAUCUCGGCUGCAAGAGCGCAACGGGACUCAUCAAAAUAGAUGAGCAAACUAAGAACUUCUCCAACAAACAUUGGAACCAAUUCUGGUCGCUGCUCGGUGUCACCGAAGGCAUCGAAGAAUAUAAACCCAUAGAAACCGGCCCCGCCGAUGAAGACGAGAUCUACGAAACUUGCAUCGUACAAACAAAUAUGUGCUACGAGGUUGCGGAUGAUGAAUUAGUGCCGAUUAAAGAAUAUUGGGGCCAAGUACCAAAGAUAGCCAUGUUGCAUCAAUCAAAAGUUAUCGUCUUCGACUUUGGGUCAGAGAUGUAUAUUUGGUACGGGAAGAAUGUUCCACUAGAAAGUCGCAGACGAGCAGCGCAACUUGCCCAAGAGCUCUUCGAUGAAGGUUACAAUUACGAAGAGUGCCACAUUAACCCCUUAAAUGCCGCUGCGGCCCAGGGUGCUAGAGAGGAUUCAAAUCUUUCUACUAAAUCCGCUAAAAGUCGACCAGAAUGGGCCAUACUAUCCAAAAUCACUCAACAUAUGGAAACUAUCUUAUUCAAGGAAAAGUUCCUCGAUUGGCCCGAUUACAGUCGCGUAAUCAAGGUCAAACCUCAAGAAAAUAAAACAAACAGUAUCGAAAUAACCCCUUGCGAUGCCGAAGAGAUGUGGUCUAACGAAUACCAAGAUCCCGACCUCGUUUUAGAAGGUUCCCACAUCGGUCGCGGCACGCAUUACUACGACAAAGAAUCGAUGCGUCACUACGAUAUUAAAACGAAAUCCGUCUGCAAGUGGGUUAUUCAGGAAUACGACUAUCAGAAAGUCGAAAAUGAGGAUGAAAUCGGGGAAUUCUUUUCUGGCGACAGUUACAUUAUCAGAUGGGAGUAUCAGAUCACUGUAACAGGACGCGAAUUGAACGGAAAACCUUCGAAACACAACUUGACGGGUAGAGAUCGAUGCGCGUACUUCUGUUGGCAAGGAAAGGAUGCUUCUUCUAACGAAAAGGGUGCUGCGGCCCUGUUGACCGUAGAAUUAGAUAGAGAAAAGGGCCCUCAGGUGAGGGUUGCUCAGGGCAACGAACCGCCAGCGUUUUUGAAUCUCUUCCAAGGUAAAUUGGUAAUCCAUCAAGGAAAGAAAGGGACGGACAAGAGUAGGUACAGAUUGUUCGUCACUCGCGGUAACCUUUCCAACGAAGCGUAUUUGUUACAAGUGCCAUGUUCCGUGCGACAGUUGCGUAGUCGCGGAUCAUUAAUUCUAGUCGAUACGGAGAAAGCCUGCUUAUACAUAUGGCAUGGUUGCCGAAGUAUGAAGCACACGAAGCAAAUAGCCAUCGAGCUGGCGAAUAAAUUGAUUGCGCGGCAGUCGAGCUAUUUAUUCGGAAGUGAAGACAUAAAUAUCAGUGAAGUCAAAGAGGGCGAAGAAUCGAAAGAUUUCCUCGACUGUUUGGGAGUUACUAACAAGCAGUAUUACAACUCCGUUCUAAGUGGAGGAAGGGACUGCGGGGGAGAUGUAACUCCUCGGUUGUUCCAUUUCACGGAUCUGGGCGGUCAGUUCGAAGCCAAUGAGGUGCUGUCACCGCUAAGGCAUGAACAUCUGGUGACACCCUUUCCUUUUGAACAAAAGGAGUUGUAUUCGGCUUCGCAACCCGCCCUGUUCCUACUGGACGACGGACAGAACGUGUGGGUGUGGCAGGGGUGGUGGCCGCACCACGCGGACCUCGAUCCCGCCGAGAGGAACGGCGUGGGCGCGUUCGCGGCGCGCUGGCAGGCGCUGCGCGCGGCGGCGCUGCGCACGGCGGACGCGUACCGGCGCGCGGCGCGCUCGCCCGCGCCCGACGUGCGCGUCGUGGCGGCCGGCCUCGAGCCGCAGGCCUUCACGCGCCUCUUCGACGCCUGGCUCGAGCACGACGACGCCGCCGACGCGAAUAUCGCGCACGGCUACAAGGCGGGCGAGCAGCUGUCGGGCGCGCGCGAGCUGUCGCGGCUGACGAGCUGCGACGCGGUGUUGCCGCUCGGCGCGCUGCAGCGCCGGCCGCUGCCCGACCACGUGGACCCGCACCACCUCGAGCGACACCUCGCCUCGCCCGACUUCCUGGAGGCAUUCGGCAUGACCAAAGAAGAAUUUUCAGUGCUACCAGCCUGGAAACAGACCAACAUGAAGAAGGACAUCGGCCUGUUUUGACCCAUCGGCACAGUUCACGCCGGGUUCAGUUUCACCGCCAGGGUCGCGGGUUGAUGUCCUCCAAGGGACAAGAGUCUAAACUUUUUGUACAACCGCCGCUAUUUCGUACUUUUUUACCGAAAAUGUCGAUGGAUUUGAUACGAUUAAUGUUAAGAGCACGCUUUAAAUUUUAUAGCAUUGAAAAAGAUUUUUGUACUAAUGGAAUGUAACUGUAUUCGUUGACGUGAUAUUUUCAAGUAAACCGCGUAGACUAGGCAAGUAGGAAGCGAUAGGAUUUGAAAUUCGGAAUUGUAUGUAGUUGUAUUUCGUCGCUUCCAUGCUGUGUUAUUUAUUAGAUGUUUUGUAUAUAGUCGUUUAUGUUUGAUUAUUUAUUAUUAUUUUUUUAUUUUCAUAUAUUGUAUUUUAACUUUACUCGUACUUUUCUAUACAUUUGUAAUAUAAAUAAUGUAUUAAAAUUUUUAGACAUACAUUUAUUCAUAUUUCCCGCAUGGAAGCGUCAAAACGGCAAUUGUGUAAACGUGAUAUUUUGCGUUUUAGUGUUGUUCAAAUUAAAUGUCGUUUAUAUUAAAGCGCAUUUUUCGAUAACAUUAUACGCGAAAACUAUUUAGCGAAAUGUAUCUGGUCAAUGUAAGAAUAUCGUUUAAAUCGCUAGAUAAACCGAUACUGAUACUAUUAUAUACGCUUUAGGGUAGGCUUUUAUAGUCUGUGGCGUUCGGAAAUGACAUGAAACUUGUGAUACCUAAAACUGUAAUCAAUACGAGCUCCAGUCAAUGUGAAUGUUUCCGCGUCACAGACGAUCUUUACACGUUUAACACAUCACAUAUCUACUCAUUAGCUACUUUUGUACUGAGCGUUGGGAGGACCAUGUUUAAAAUUGUUGAUUCACUCCUUACUACGAAGAUAUCUUAGAAACUAUACCAUUAUACAUUUUUCUAAUGUAUCUAAUAUUUAAUGUACGCAGACAUAAUGUGAUUUCUAACUAAAGUUGCACUAAGACUUCCUAACUAUUGAACAAUUCAACGAAUCCUACAUUCGAAUCGUAUUCAUUUAUAUUUGUUUCUAGAUCAACCUGCGUCCGAUAAUUUAGAGGAUUUUACUCUAUAUUGGCUUGCAAUUUAUUUAUUACGCUAUUUCUAUGUUGUCUACAAUUUUAGAUGUUUAUUUUUGUAACUAUUUUAGCUUUAACAUAACGUCUAAUCUCCAUAUUCACCCGGGCGUCUCUUCGUGAUGAUGCCGGUGUGAAAUCGUUCUAAUAACUGCCAAUGAGUAGAAAAUAACAUUUUAACCAUCAAGUCAUAUUUUAGUUAACGUACUUAGUUAACCGUGUAAUCUUUGUUUAAUGCAUUUACGGCCGGCCCAGUCCGGGCCCCGCGGCAAGAACUUCUCUCAAAUCCAAUGUUUAAUGUUUUGCUUUGGUUGUGUUACUUAUACUAUAAUUAUUAUUGUAUUUGAGAUUUAUUUUGUAUAAUAAUGAUGUAAUAAAUUUGGCUAAAAAUUU